GAGAAGAUGGAAUUAUUCAUCUGGCUUGCAGUAGUUAUGUGACAUGGCGAGCAUCUUUGACACAUUUCGUGCUGCUAGCCGAGUCAAAAGGAAGGGCUCCCUUAAUUCAAGUCCUGAAAGUGUGGUUAAAGCAUACCAUCAAUCUUCCAUUCCUCUCAAAUUCCAUACCAAAUGGAUCCCCAGCUCCGAAAGGAAAGGCUUUAAUUCUCAGACAACAAGAUUUCAGUAUAUUGAGAAUGAAAACCCAGGUCCGGGCUUCUAUAAUGUCACUCAUCAAUCUGCACUUCUCAACAACGUCUCCCAGUCCCGGAAAGGAACCUGCUUUUUCCCUUCCUUGGAUACCCGUAUCGCCCGCCAGAGGAUCCCCAGCUAUCCGGCCGCAAAUGCCUACAAGCUCCCGCCUGCUCUGCAGUCCAAGCGAGACUUUAGCCUGGGCUAUUCCAGCAUGUUUCAGCAGCCAAUCGCCAGGAAGAUUUCCAAGAGAUCCACCCCAGGCCCCAACCAAUAUAAUGUCUCAGCAGACUUCGGCAAGCAAAGCCACAACACUGGUGCCAAGUCGGUGUUCUCGUCCAGAACUAAACGAGAGAUAUCACUCAACAACAAGCAGCACGUGCCUUCUCCGUGUCAUUACCAAAUCAACGAUUCCCUGAUACGGCAGUCGCCUGCGGUGCUGGUGUCCUGCUUCAAGUCCAGAACCAGCCGUGAAACCCAGCCGGAGACGCUGAGCCCGGGGCCCGCGGCUUAUCAGCAGCCGGCCGAGAGCCCCGUCGGAGCGUCCAAGAGGUUCCCCGGCCUGCGAAAGUACACCUUGAAUUUCUCGGCGCCCCCUCCCCCUCGCCCCCAAACUCCCCCUUCACCUGGGCCUGGCCAGUAUGAAAUUGUUGAUUACGAAGGUCCUUCCAAGCAUUACAUCUCCAGUGCUGUAUUCGUCUCAAACACGGGUCGCUGGGCAGGUGAUAAGUUCCACCAAGAAAUACCUGGACCAGGAGCAUACACCCUUCCCAUUCCACGGAAGCAAUCCUUCAUCUACAACACCAGCAAUAAAUGGGUGCCAGUAUUAUGAAGCAGCGGAUCCUGCAGCGGUGAUUUGGCUGAUUUCUCCCACCCCCUCCAGUGCUGCACUAUUCUGUUAAAACGAACAUUGCAUUCACUUGCCUGUGAACAAGACAAUCCUAAUUCUCCACCCGUUUAGAAU